UUUGCGGUGUUGUUGGCGGGUUUAGUUAAAAAAAAAAAAAAAAAAAAAACACAACCGUAUAUAGUUGAAAUUUCAACUUCAGGGGAAGAAGAUUAAGACAGCAAGACAAAAUGACAGCCCAGGACCAAGGCGUGACGCUGAAAGACAGCUGUCAAGAUUUUCAGGAUGCUGUCAUACCUGCGAAGGUUUCCACAGAACAGAAUUCUAUGGCAGCGUGUGAUCCAGGGGCUGUGGAAGUCGCUGAGCCUGAACCAGAGGAGAAGGGGGGGGAGCAGGCAAUGCAGACGAGACUCGUCUCCUCGAGCCCCGUCCGAAAGAAACGUCGCUCCUCUGCUAGCCCCAGCCCCGGGGGGAUACCCCGCAACACCCCCCGCACCUCCCUCUCCCCCUCCCCCAAGCACUUGUCCUGGAAAGCCAGCCCCCGGGGAGCCAGUCCCUGGGGGAAGAGCCCCAGCCAGGGGCGGGCUGGCUGGAAGAGUCCCAAGCAGAGGGCAGGGCUGAGCCCUCGCAGCAGGAGAAAGUCCUGGAGGAGAUCCAUCAGCAAGGCAGGGGCCCGGGGGAGGAGGUCACUCCCAGCACUGCCCAAGGACUCUGCAGGGCUCAGUCAGGCUAUCAGCCUAGAAAUGCCCGAGCAUAAGAGGCUGGCCAAACUGUUUCAGGAGUCUAUCCAGUUUGCAAUACAGAAGCUUGAAACGUCUUUAAAACCCACAGAAGAGUUUGAUCUGCAGGAGUUAAAAGCCGAUAUCACAAAUGAGGUGAACCUGCUUACAGAGAGCUUGGAGCGCGAAGGAUCCUUUCAGAAAUGCACAGACAAACCCCAAGAUGUACCUCCAGACCCAGAGAUGAAGAAAGCCAUGGACGAGGUGAGAGAGUCUGUGGAGAGGCUGACAUGGGAGUGCAAAGCGUGGGAUGAUCUUCUUCAGAAACACAAAAGCAGCUCUGAGGAAAUUCUCCGCUCCCUGGAGCAGGCGAAGUUGUCUGGUGUACCCCUGGCCCCGGACCAGGAUCUGGGCUUACUGGACCCCUCUGUGGCUGCCGUGCUCCGCAGCAAACCGGACUAUCAACGCAUUCUGCGCCGCCAGAUACCCGUCGUCAGCAGACUGGCUCUGGUGAUGGAUUCUCACCAGAAGCUGCUCCGCUCGCUGGCACCUCUUCAGGACGAGGCUGAGAGGACUCUGAAAGAAACGUCCUCAAGACUUGCUGCCAGCGCUUUCGAAGGCCUGGAGGGAUCUCCGGUCAAGAAGCUUCUCUAUCUGCCCAAGAGCUGCUAGACUUUCACAGGCCAGGGUCCUGCAAGAGGGCUGCACAGACCCCUUCCACUGCGAUUCCACUGCAGAGGGUCCUGAAAGAGGGCUGUACAGACCCCUUCCACUGCGUUUCACUGGCCAGGGUCCUGAAAGAGGACUGUACAAACCCCUUCCACUGCUUUUUCCUUUGCCCAGGGUCCUGAAAGAGGGCUGCACAGACCCCUUCCACUGGCCAGGGUCCUGAAAGAGGGCUGCACAGACCCCUUCCACUGCGUUUCCACUGGCCAGGGUCCUGAAAGAGGGCUGCACAGACCCCUUCCACUGCGUUUCCACUGGCCAGGGUCCUGAAAGAGGGCUGCACAGACCCCUUCCACUGGCCAGGGUCCUGAAAGAGGGCUGCACAGACCCCUUCCACUGCGUUUCCACUGGCCAGGGUCCUGAAAGAGGGCUGCACAGACCCCUUCCACUGGCCAGGGUCCUGAAAGAGGGCUGCACAGACCCCUUCCACUGCGUUUCCACUGGCCAGGGUCCUGAAAGAGGGCUGCACAGACCCCUUCCACUGCGUUUCCACUGGCCAGGGUCCUGAAAGAGGGCUGCACAGACCCCUUCCACUGCGUUUCCACUGGCCAGGGUCCUGAAAGAGGGCUGCACAGACCCCUUCCACUGCGUUUCCACUGGCCAGGGUCCUGAAAGAGGGCUGCACAGACCCCUUCCACUGCGUUUCCACUGGCCAGGGUCCUGAAAGAGGGCUGCACAGACCCCUUCCACUGCGUUUCCACUGGCCAGGGUCCUGAAAGAGGGCUGCACAGACCCCUUCCACUGCGAUUCCACUUUUCAGAAGCAUUUAGACUAAAGGAGACUUCAAUGGCAGAUGUUUCCAUUAGCUUUUUUCAAAGUCUUUUUAUAAAGAUAGUCACUCUCAAAUGCAAGCCAAGGGUCAGUUGCUGCCUUAGAAAUGCUAAAAGAAACCUAAUGUCAAAGAAGCCUUUCUUAGUUUAUAACAUUUAUUUUACUGUUUUGGCAGAGAUAGUGGCUGGUGAUGGUUUGGAAAUCGCGGCGCUCCUUUAAGGACUGUUUGUUGAACGAGGUCUCGGACAGUGGACAUACAGCCCACUCGUGCUUUGACACAAGUGUCUGAUAGAAAUGGGCCCCAGGUAAAGGUGCAGUUCCGCUGUGUAAGCACUGGGCGGCGCCCUUGUUCUGUGGAUAUGAUUUUGAGCUCUUGCAGGAACGUUUUCCGCUCCAGUGGUGUGUUUGUGAUCUCGGCAUUUCUGGAGAGUAACAGUGAGGAUGCUGCCCAGUAUGUAGCCUGUGAGUCAUUUCGCUAAAAGCUCAAGGAUUUAUUGUUUUGCUAAGUUUUGCCAAAUCCCUGUCUACACUGUAGGGGGUGUGAAUAGUUAAUUUUAGAGUUUAAACAUUCUCCAAAUAUCUUUGAAUUUUUUUCUAAGCGUUAUCAGCUGGGAUGUGUUUUCUGUCACGAUAAAAAACGUCUCAUUUCACUGCACACCACGAUCAAAAAAUAAAUAUUGAAAUACUUUCCUGAAAAACA